UUGUGGGUCCGUCCUUAAAAUCAAACUCUACCGAAAGCGUUUUCCAAGCGUAAUAUAUAAUUUCUCCAAAUUCGUCGCGUCACUUAAGACGUCUUACAGCAGCUAUGGCGGUCAGCGGCAAUCAGUGUACAAUACGAUGUAACUCGCGUUUAGAAGCCUGCUAAUUAAAGAAGACGCAAGUUAGCGUGCUAAAGCUAACUUGGCUAACUGACCCCGGCGGCGCGGCGCGGCGCGGCGAUGCAGCGGAGCAACGCGGCGGUCAGAGUGAAGGACGUGAUCGGAGCUCUGUGCAGCCUGCUGACGGCCACCGGCCUGAGCUCCGUACCCACGCCGGAGGCGUUUAGACGGGCAAAAUUCAACAGGGGACCCGACGUGGAGGACCAGUUUUGGAAGUUGCUUGCCAGCAUCCUCAAGACAACUAAGGUUGUUUCAUCUGAUGCUUUCCAACAGCUAAAAGAAGCAUCUGAUCACAGGACAUUGGUGGCUACAGGCCUCUGGCAGACCGGCUACCAGGCUGAAUGGAUCUACGGGAGAGGAGAGGAGAGCAGAUCAGAGGAGUCAGUUGUCUACAGCAGAGACCUCCUCCUAGCCCUGGGCUGGCUGCUGGGUACUGGAAUACUGGAGGAACUGCUAGCACACCGAGCAAAGCAACUGGACAUCACAAUAUUGAAAUCUACACUGGUGUGUCCUCAGGUUAUACAUGGCACACAGUUUGACCCUGCCUCCCUGAGGAGACUCCAGUGGCUGAUUGGCUGUCUGAGGUUCCAGAGGCGGAGCCUGUUGGCCAUGCAGGAAGAGAGAGCCAGGCUACUACAUGCGGUCUUGUCUGCCAGCUCCCUCCCUUCAGUCUCCUCUUCUAAUCAUAGCUCUUCAGCACUGAGGCAGGACUGUGAGCAUAUGCAGCAUCUAUGUGACCUUCUGAAGGCCUAUGUGAACUGGAAAAAUGUGGAGAAGCUCUUCUGGACCUGGAUGGACAGUGUGGUGGACUGCCAUCUGACAGCCCGAAAAGAGGUUCAACCCGCCGCUGUGGCAUCCCUGAGACAUGUACCCAACAAGAACAGACCUGUUUGUCUCCAUGGAAAUCGAGGGUUAGAGAAGUUGGACAACAUGCUGUUAAAAUUGCCCACAUCAGAGAGUGGGAAAGCCAAAGAAGAAGAGAGGAAGGGCAGAGCCGAAAAUGAUGGUGAAGUGAGAAAAGAAAGAGGGGAGGAGUUACACUGCACAUUCGAGACCCUCUCUCCCCUACCCUCUUUCCUCCUCCCCUCCCUCCCUUUGCUCCCCCAGGCCUACCGGGUCAAGUUGGAGGGUGAGAGGUCAUCAAGAAGCGUCAGUCACCCAGCAGUGAGGCAUUGUGAUGGGGCAAGACCUACAGGAGAGCUCAAGGCAUCACAAGUCUCACAGCUGCUUCUGCAGACUGUGGCUAGGCUACAAGAGGGGAGGAGCAGGAGCAAACUGGCAAAUAGCACAGAACUACAGGAGAUGAUUGGCACACUGGACAAGCUAGUGUUGAUACCGCCCUUAACAAACCAGAAUUAAAUUCAGCUGGAGAUAUAUACACAUGUACUCUGGGUGUCAGGGUCAACUCUUGCUCACAAGCUUUUGACUUUAACGGUCCGUCAUAGCUCACAAUACAGAUCUCUUUGCCAUAAUUUUAUUAUUGGUGUAAAACAGAUUUACAGGCGUCUGGGUGGUGCAUGGCGGUCUAUUCCGUUGCUUACCAGCACAGUGAUCCGGGUUCGAAUCCCCAUGUUACCUCCGGCUUGGUCAGACGUCCCUACAGACAUAAUUGGCCGUGCCUGCGGGUGGGAAGCCAGAUGUGAGUAUGUGUCCUGGUCGCUGCACUAGCGCCUCCUCUGGUCGGUCGGGGCGCCUGUUCAGGGGGGAGGGGGAACUGGGGGGAAUAGCGUGAUCCUCCCACGUGCUACAUCCCCCUGGCGAAACUCCUCCGUGUCAGGUGAAAAGAAGCGGCUGGCAACUCCACAUGUAUCGGAGGAGACGUGGUAGUCUGCAGCAGUGAGGGCUGGCCAGUAGAGGGCGCCGGGGCGCUGAAAGUCUACUUAAACCUGUUAGAUAUAAUUUAGUUGUAUAAUGCAAAUAAUUAUGAAAUAAAAGUGUUGUCAGUCUGUGAGCGCCUGUCAGCAGCAUUAAAUAUUGGUUCA